UCACUAGAUUUGGGGAUUUUUGCUGUCAACGAAAGCAAGCACGUCUGUCACUAAUAAGAAAAUGGAUUUGAAUAUUUGUUGAUUAUUGUUAAAAUGGAAAUAGUAAAUGCAAAUAGUGCCACUUUGAGUAAUUUUGAGGUUAUGAAGCACCUGCAGAAAGUCAAAGACAGCAGAAAAAAACAUAAGGGUCAGUUGGCAACGAUAACGUAUGAGACUUUACGAUACUUGGAAAAUACUCCUUGUGCACAACAUAGUCCAGAAGCAAUGACUCAGUGCUUGAGAGAAUUAGACGGUUUCAAUUUAAACAAAAACGAAAAACUGAUGUUGAUAAACUCGCCCCCGACGACGGCACUUGAAAUUCAAUUAAUGAUUGAAGAGAGUGAGGAACGGCUGAGUGAAGAACAAGUGCAAAAAAUCUUGACCAUCAUGAUCCAAUAUUUCCCUCAUAUCCAGAAACCCCAGGAAGCCGAACCCCAAGAGCAAGACUAAUCUUAGAAAAAAAAUAACAUGAAAAACACACAACUGUAUUGAUAUAAAUACAUAAUUAAAUAAA